AGUGGCAUCAUUGCACUGAACGUGUUCAACGUGCUUUUCAAUUGUGUCCGUUUCUUCAACAAUUGGCUCUGUUUUGUUGGUUCCCAUGUCAAGCCAAUUUCAGUCUUGUAAUGACGGCGUAACGCGAUGGUUGAAAGUAACGCGUCCAAUAUCUCUCCAUGUAUUUUGUUCAGCGUAGUGCGAUUGUUCUCGAACUGGGUCCAAGACGCUAAUAUUUUUCAAAACCAUAGGGAAUGUGAAAUAAGUAAUAUAUUUUUUGCUACUAGCAGCUGCUUUACCCAGUGAAAAACUUCCAAAGUCUGCAAAAAAACUAAGUUUCUGAUUAUAAAACCGUAUUAUUUAAGAUGUAAAAAAAAUAUUAUAUAAUUGUGCUAUUUAAGCAAAUUCAUUAAUGUCCCCUUUUAUGGAAUUCUAAAAAACGCUCCGCAAACGAACGUACGUAAGACAAGUGAACAUGUGAAUUCAUGAACAUCUUUAUGAAUGACAUUGUGAUCAAAAGUUGUACAUGAAAAGUAAAAAAAAUGAAAGUGCAAAGUAAUUAAUUUUAACCUACCCUGCGACCUGAUAUCUCUAGCGGUCAAAACGCUGUACGAUUGAAAUUUAAUACAUUGGAUUUUUCAAGUAAUGAAUUUUCAACCGAAUGUUAUGCAAUUAUAAAUUUACACUUACAUCCAAAUCGAUGAAUUGUUGAAGAAUGAAGACGUGAUUAUAAAACGCAGGAAAUAUAUUUGCAUUGAAAAUUAUCUUCGGUUUAUAACUAAUAAAUCGUGUAUUGUAAGUGCCAUGAAUUUAUUUGUGAAAUGUCAUUUGAAUUGAAAAAUGUGCCAUACACAAAUUUUUCUUUUCAAUCUGAAGUUUGCAAAUUUACAUAAAAUAAAUUAUUUGAAAUGUAAUACAGGGUUUCUCCAAAGUGUAUGCUUUGAAAUAAUUUUAUACACAGCCUUCUAGGCUUAUUACAAAGUGAUAUUGUGAUCCUAGAAAUGUUUCUAAUGUGCUUGUGAAAAUUGCAAGUGUUAAAAUACAAUUUCGAAGUUGAAGCUAUUACGUUGCUCGUGCAACUUAAGUGAAUUGAUAGCAGAAUGAUUGCCGUUGGUGUCAACACAAAGACCGAUCAGUUGAAAGUCGGACCAUCGAAUUUUCAUAAUGAUAAUAUAACUAUAACUCCGUCGAAAACUUUGCACAAAGAGAGGCACAUGAUUCAUUGGUUUCGUCGAGGUUUACGGCUGCAUGAUAAUCCUGCAUUGUAUGAAGGUCUUCGAAGCGCGGUCACAUUUCGUUGUAUUUUUAUUAUCGACCCGUGGUUUGCUGAUAGCUCAAACGUGGGAAUCAAUAAGUGGAGAUUUCUACUACAAUGUCUCGAGGACCUAGAUCAGAGCCUCAAAAAAAUCAACUCCAGACUGUUUGUUGUACGUGGUCAAGCAACAAAUGUUCUUCCUCAGUUGUUUCAAGAAUGGGGCACCACAUGUUUAACAUUUGAAGAAGAUCCAGAGCCGUUUGGGAAGGAACGUGAUCAAAAAAUUAUCAAAAUAUGUAGAGAUUUGAAUAUUGAAGUCAUACAAGUUGUUUCACAUACGUUGUAUAAACUUGAAAAGAUCAUUGAGGUAAAUGGGAACCGCACGCCGCUUACGUAUAACCAGUUUCAAUGCAUUAUCGAAUCCAUGGAUCCUCCACCAGUUGCAGAAAUGGAAAUUACACAAGAACUACUUCAAAUGGCAACAACACCUUUAACAGAUGACCACGAGGACCGAUUCGGUGUUCCUACUUUAGAUGAACUGGGCUUCGAUACUGAGAAUUUGAAACCCCCUGUUUGGAUUGGAGGUGAGACUGAAGCUUUGGUACGUUUAGAGCGACAUUUGGAGCGUAAAGCUUGGGUGGCAUCGUUUGGACGACCAAAAAUGACGCCACAGUCACUGUUGGCUAGCCAGACAGGACUAUCUCCCUAUCUACGUUUCGGGUGUCUGAGUGUCCGUGUGUUUUAUCAUCAAUUGAGCGAUUUGUAUAAAAAAAUAAAGAAAGCACAUCCUCCAUUGUCUCUACAUGGCCAAUUAUUGUGGCGGGAAUUUUUUUAUUGUGCGGCAACUAAAAACGGUAAAUUCGAUCGAAUGGAGGGUAAUCCAAUUUGUGUACAGAUCCCGUGGGACGUAAAUCCAGAAGCAUUGGCGAAAUGGGCAAAUGGUCAGACAGGCUUCCCCUGGAUUGAUGCGAUCAUGGUCCAAUUGAGGGAAGAAGGUUGGAUACACCAUUUGGCGAGACACGCUGUGGCGUGCUUUUUAACACGCGGAGAUCUCUGGAUUUCAUGGGAAGAAGGGAUGAAAGUUUUCGACGAGCUUCUGUUAGACGCAGAUUGGGCCGUAAAUGCAGGAAUGUGGAUGUGGCUGUCCUCGUCGUCAUUUUUUCAACAGUUUUUCCAUUGUUAUUGUCCUGUUCGGUUUGGUCGAAGAGCAGAUCCAAAUGGUGAUUAUAUUCGCAAGUAUCUCCCAAUUUUAAAAAAUUUUCCAAGUAGGUAUAUCCACGAACCAUGGAAUGCUCCGGAAAGUAUUCAAAAAGCUGCUAAGUGUAUUAUUGGACGCGAUUACUCUUUACCGUUGGUUAAUCAUCCGGUGGCGAGUAGAACAAAUAUAGAGAGGAUGCGACAGGUCUACAACCAAUUAUACAAAUAUCGUGAUCCGAAUAUUGCCAAAUCAACGAUCGUACAUAAUAAGGACUAUAAUUCGACAUUGAAUUUGAUGGAUUCUCACGUGUAUUCAAGAAAAAUGAACUACAAAGACCUAUUAGACACCGAUGAAUGUCAAGUGAAUCAAAUAAGUGAUGAACAUCAUGAACAUAACCAAUUCUUGGAAAAUGCCCAAAUUGGUUCAACCAGUGAGCAAAAGCAUAACAAGAGAAUCAAAACUUUGAUUGGCAAUGAAACAAACGGAAACUAUGUAGCACAGAACUAUCUACAUGGGGAUCAAGAUGAACGAUUUUCAUCAAAUCAAUUAGAAAAUACGCAAAUUGAACAGCAGGACACGCAUUUUAAACAAAAUUUGUGCUAUGAAAUUUCACGAAAUGAUCAACUAAAUCCACCCUUCUGUGGAAGAAACGAUCUAGAAAAGAAACAUUCAAAUCGAAAGGAUAUAAAGAGUGAUAUAAAUUCAUCAUCUACAUAUAAUCAUAUAAUUAUAGAAGACAAAGCACAUAAUAUUAAUUCAAAUGCUGAUACUACAAUUGGAGCUGCCCAGACCAAUGAAGUUAAUGACUUGGAGCAGCAUUUCAAUGGUCGUCUGCAAACUCAAACCAUUGCUCAAACCUACAGUCCACCUAAAGAAAAUACGAAGACUUUAUUGGUAACAUAUUCACAACUCUCAAAUGAAACGCUCAAUGGUGCUUCUAAUCAGCAAUGCGAACAUUCAUUUGGAAAAAGCUACAAAAAUCAUGAACGUGAAUAAGCGAAAACAUUCAGGAUCGUUCCAGACACAAAUCAUCGGUUUAAGUGACAAUUUUUCGAAAUAAACAUUUGUAAAACAACUAUUUUAGCUUCUGUCAAAACGAAAAAAAUUACAUUUAUUUCAAACAAAAAAAAUGAGUAUUUAGUAUAUCUUACAGACACAUCCAGCUGGAUGGUCAUUACAAACAGUUUUAAAUGUAAAAAUAAUCGAAUUAAAUAGAAUAAAAAGAGGACUAGAGGUACGUUAUUAGUAGUGACCUGUUUGAUCAAAAUAAAUAGAAAAGCGAAUAUAAAUACCAGUUGAAAUAUUGCACCCAUUUGAAUGAAUAAAAAAGUAGAAUAAAACAAAAAAAUACGAUACAAGACACAUAAGACAUGAAUGAAAAGAGCUACAGCAUAUUUAAAUAUUUUCAUUUUAGAUGACAUCAGAAUUUAAUCAGAAACGAUUGAAAUUGUUUCCAAAAGGAAUUCUAUGAGUGUUGAAAUGAACUAAUAAAUAGCAUUGCUUCAUGCCAUAUACAUUAUACAGUCAUAACUGGUCCUCCUCUCAAAUCUCCGAAAAAGUCCGGUAAUUUAUUGGAAAAAUCGGGAAUUUGAUGGGGAACAUCCUGAUUAUUGCUUUAUUUUAAUUCUUUUAUUGCACUAAUGACGAACGAUGAUCUCUCUUUUCAACAUUCCUGUCGUAAUUUCCGACAAAAAUGCUAAAACCAAGGAGAGUAAUUCAAAGUCAAAUGUCAGUUGAUAAAAAAAAUAAUUCAACAUAAUAGUUGAUAGACACACAAUUCUAACUUCGAUUAUUCGAAAUAGUGUUAUAAAGUUGUCCACAUUAAGUCAGCACCUUCUCUUCACUCUAAUGAGAAAUAUGCCCAAAAAUGCUUACAAUCUAUAAUAGAAUAAAAUAAAAUAAAAUAAAUAGAUAUAAAGUUAAAUUAAUUCUAAACACACUCUGACUGGAAAUUCUAUGAAGAAAUCUAUGGUUUUUAAUUGUAUAAUUUUAGUUUGAAAAUACAUUCUUCACGUCGAUUUCAUGUGCGUGAUCAUGUGGUUGAAGUUUCGGAAAUCCAUCAUACAUCGAAAAGAGAUUUUUAAGAAAUAUUUUGAAUGCUUGUUCUUUAACUUAUACGAUACAAUUUUGGCGAUUUCGUACGUGAUUCCACAUCGUUUUUUUGCAAAUAUAAUCGCAUGAUGUUUGUUUUGUUAUUUUGUUUUUCUUUGCGUUAAAACUUACAAUUCAGUAUAUUUUUAUGUUUUAAUCGUAAUUUUCGAACAGUUUGGAUGGAAAAUUGUUUGAGAAAUGUUUAUUAUAAUAAAGUUCUGUUUGUAGUUUGAUAAAUUCUUUGGAAAGAGA